UAUGGUUGAUAGUUCAGCAAAUGAAAUGGCGACAUUACCCCCAAGGAAAAACGCGACACCUACAAAAAUAUCAAGACAGUAUCUAUCACCAUUGCAAAUACUUUUGCAGAUGGGAUUUCCCAAACAUAGAGCGGAGAAGGCAUUAGCAGCUACCGGCCAUAGAGGUGUUCAGCUUGCAUCUGACUGGCUGCUAGCACAUGUGAAUGACCCGACACUGGAUGACAAUAGCCCACGAGAGUACAUAUUAUAUGCAUGCCCAACAGGCCCAUUCUUUGAACAACUGGAAAAUUUUUGGAAUUUGUCGCUUGCACAGUGUGGUUGGAAUGGUGCACACAGUUUCAUGCCUCAUAUAACAUUAGUUUCAUUUUUUAAGGCUCCUGAUGAAAGUGCCCAGCAGUUAGCACGAACUCUCAAGCAUGUUGUUGAACUGCAAAGAGUGAAUUUAAAGGAACCCUUAAAACUGGAAACAUAUGUCUCACAGAACUUCAUGGGUUUUUUUGUGCAUGAGGAGCAUGCUGAUAUUCUGAAAAGGAUUGCCCUGCAAUAUGUUAAAGAGGUGUCAAAUGCAAUCAUAAAUGAUAAUUACGAACACCUCGACGCACUGUCAGCUUGUUUUCCAUGGUGCACCACAGCUACUGAUAGAUAUGUUCCUCGUGGAGUCAAAUCUGUCAGUAUGGAACCGCACGUGAAGUCCUUACAUUUGACUCUGGCUUACCAGUUUUCUCCUACACAGUUCGGAGCAUUGAGAACUUUGGUAGAAAGCCUAAAUCCUUGUGCUCCUGGCAAUUGGGAAGUACGCCUGUACUCCAGGGACCCUCGGUUGUCUUCGAAACAGGUUCACAAAGUUCUGUAUCCACAUAUGCCACGUGAAUCUGAUGAACUUGAGCUCCGCAUUGGUGAUUACAUUUAUAUCAGCAGUGAAGCACUUGUUAACACACCAGAUGGUUGGGUUGAAGGCACUUCAUGGCUUACCGGAUGCACUGGAUUCUUACCUGAGAAACUACACAGAAAGACAGCUGAGUCAGAUGCCUGGACAAUUGCACAGAUGCUCCUGCCUGGCUGCAACGAGGAACAGUUGGCAUCUCUUGUGACUGAGAAUGAUGCCUGGUACCCAACCCAGCCUCUAGCUGAAGGUGCAAGCCCACAUGGUGGCACAAUGCUGGUAGUUGGGUGUGUAACUAAGGCUGAGGUUUUAUAUGUAUCUGAACAAAGGAAUGUAUGUUUAAACAAGUUUUGCACUGUUUGUAUUGUUUUCAGAACAGUUAGUCUUAGUGAAACAUCACUGCCAUCUCCCCCUGUGACAGAGCCGGAUGAAACAGUGAAAACCAUGGAUCCUUCAGCAGAUCCGCCUCGUAUAUUCUCUGAGUCUGUGACAGAUGCUACUAGCAGCUCCAAACCAUCAGAUGCAACGAGCGAUUCUGGUGACGAGAAACAUAUUGAGGAUGGAGUGGUUUGUACAAGUGCAGAGUCAGAAGCAGCCUCUGAGGUAACGAACAGUGAACCACGCCACCUGUAUAUUGUUCGUCAUGGGGAGAGAAUUGACUUUACAUUUGGAACAUGGAUCCCAUACUGUUUUGAUGAACAAGGUAAAUAUAUUCGCAAAGAUCUCAACAUGCCACAGUUAGUCCCAGCUCGAAGGGGCGGACCACAAUCGUUCUUCAAAGACUGUCCCCUUACAUGUGUUGGGGAACUACAAGCUAAGCUAGUAGGAGAGGCAUUACGAGGUUCUGGAGUUCAAAUGAAGCAUGCAUUCUCAUCACCUUCCCUCCGCUGUGUGCAGACUUGUGCUGGUGUAUUAAGAGGGCUUGGACAAGAAGAUAAAUUGCCUAUAGCAAUUGAACCUGGUCUCUUUGAGUGGUUAGCAUGGUAUCCCGAUUCUCUUCCUGACUGGAUGACUAUCGAGGAAUUACAAGCAGCAGGUUUUAAUAUAUGUGCAAACUAUAAGCCACUUAUACGUGUAGAGGAACUGCAUGACCGACAAGAGAGUGUUGAACAGUUUUAUAUGAGAAGUUUUUAUGUAGCACAAAGUAUCGUGAAAAGCACUGCUGAUGUUGGAGGAAAUGUUUUGCUAGUAGGACAUGCAGCAACACUUGAUGUCUGUUCCCGUCAGCUGACAGGAUGUGCACCUAGAAAUCGUGCUGAUAUGACUCGUUUGAUACAGAAGAUACCAUAUUGUAGUACAGCUACAGUUCGUGAGGUCAGCUCUGGAAAAUGGGAACUAGAUGAACCACCAAUACCACCUGUUACACAUUCAAAUAAUAUGCGCUUUGAUUGGAAGGCACUUCUUUCAUAACAGUCACGGAUACUGUUCUAGUUCCUGGUGAUAAAAGCAUUGUGUAUGAUGCAUGUAUUAAGAGGUUUGGACUCUCUUUUGUGAGCAUACUCUGCAUAUGUUUCGGCAGCUAGCACUACCAAAGUUUUACCCCCUGAAGUCAUAUGGUAAUGUGAACUAGUCUGUUUUGCUGACAAGGCACGCAAGCACCAUGCCAAAGGUGUUCCCAAAUACAAGACCAUUUGUGUAUUAUUUAUAUAAUUUCUUGGACAGUAUUAAUAAAACAUUAUUUUUUAAAUAAUAUUCUGUUAAACUUAAUUAAUAUAUUUUAAUAUUACAGUUACAUAUCUGUUACUUAUGGAUACAGGAUUUUUGAAAUAUUAGUGGGCUGGCUAUUUAAGAUUCAAUAUAUUUUUAUACAUGUUGUUUGUUCAUAUUGUUUAGAUAUGUAGCAGGUACUGUAGCUUGACAGAAGGUUAUAUCCAGUAGUUAGUGACUUCUGGUGAUUAAUGUCACUGAGAUAUGGGAAUUGAAUCGCUGCAUCUCCACCCUUAAAUUUUUGUGGCUAAACGGUCUUGGUUCUCCUUAUGCCAGUCAAGAAGCUGCUUGAAUAAAGAGCCAGGUGCAUUAACACACAUGUAGCAGAAGAGAGGUUAGACACGUACAUUUUUCAUUCUCUUUUUAAUUAUCUUUUGUAAUUGAACAAGUGAACAUUAUGGAAAGUCAUUGUGACAGCUCAGUUUUAAACAAAGGCACAACUCGCUUGAAGGUAAAUUUUAUAGCUGUUUUCAAAUGUAGCCUGCCCCACUGGUGUCAAAGAGGCUUUUAGUUCUCAUUUUUAGUGGAUUAAUAUCAUAAAGUUCUCUCAGAACACUACAUCUUAUAACCUAACAGUACCAAUCAGCUUGUUAUAAAUAGUAAUGAUACAGCUUCUCCAGUUUUGUUUCUACACACUUACGUGGCAGCAUUUUAAAGUCAGGAAGUUUUUAAGAUAAUAUAUGUAUAUAUUUAUUUUACACUUGUAAAUUGAAAUCUCGGAGUACUUAAUAUUUUACUAUUAAUGAAUGAAAUAUCUUCAAGACAUCUAUCGGUAUUACAUGUCAGUGAUGGAAUUAUUGAUGAUUUAAUUUGUCACUUUCACUUUACUUGUUGUCCACUUAAUGACCUUUUGGGUUUGGUAAGGCAAUUGUGGACUGAAUAUGUGCUGCAGUACACCAUUUAGUUUGUGUAGCAACUACUUCUUGGAUAUAUGUGGACUUCGUGAAAAGAUUCUGCCAAAAAGCCAUUUGUAAGCACUAAACUUUCUGUCACUCCAUUAAUGUAGACUGAGGCCAUUGAUGAGCUGAUUUGCACAGAAAUAAAUUUGGAAGACACCAUAUUCUAAAAGGCAGUGGAACAUGAAAAAAGUGAAGUUGAAUUUCUUCCGUUACAUGUUUGUGCAGUGAAAUUCAGAGGCACUAGUUUCUGAUAUUUAAAGUGACAUUUUGUUGUUACAAACAGUGUUGCACUGGGGUACCGAAGAAAAUUUUUGAUUGUGUUGAUUUCCUAGCAGUUAUUCUUUAAUUUUAAUUAAAAUUGCUCAUGCUUUAGUACAACACACAAAUAUUUAUUUAUUAAUGUUGUCACAACAGUAUUUUAGUUGUCAAAAGAAAUUUGAAAUAGGUUUCUGUAAGUACAAAUUUAGUUGAAGUAACACUUAUUUUAAGAAUUCUGUGAUUGUCUGUUAAGAAGGGAUUUAAGUGUGCAAUGCAGUUAUAUUUCAGGAAUGCCAUUAAAUGUGAUGGGAUGUACGGUCUGACAAAGAUUUGAACAGGAUAAAACUGUGUGCUGGACUGGGAUCUUUGCCUUCUGUAGCCAAGUGCUGCUCAGGUUGAGCUAUACAGAAGUAUGAUUCACAACCUGCCCUUGUAGCUCCACAUCCCCCACUACCUCGUCUCCUAUCUUCCAGACUCACUGCUGUGAAAAUUUUUGAUUAAUCAUGUUGCUUUAUUAAGGAGUAGGUGCUACAGAAAUAGUAAGACUGGUAAUAAAUGAACAGUCAACUGCUAAAUUUUUCAUACAACUGGACACAGCGCAUUAAUAAAUAAUCUUCAGUUAUUAAUGGCAUUCCUCAUGAACUUAAUUUUUAAUUUGCAUACACCAACUCCUUCACUAAAUGUCUUGAUACUUACCUUUUUUCAUUAUAUGAUUUGUACAAUAACUUAGCACAUUCCGUUGAGAGUAAUAAGUGUCUUGAUAAGAUUUCUUUUAACUAGAGAAUAAACUUUAAUUCUUGUCUGUGUGGGAAAUGGAACUUACCUGUCCAGGCACAAGUUACAUUUCUGUGACUCUUGUAAGCAGCUGAAUAAUGGUUAUGCCCUAUUGACCAUGUUAUCCCUUAUUAAGUACAUGUUUGAGAUGUAGUAAAUUUGAACAAAAAUGACAGAUUAAACGGAAAGGAACAUGUAUGACAGUAUGUAUAUGUAAUUACCAAAAUUUCUUGUAACUCCAUUUUAAUUUUCUUUGAUGGAAUGUUGUCAUGCAGAGUUUCAAGAAAUAUGUACUGGAGUCAGGUUCUUAUGACUGGUACAGCAUUGUAUGAUUUUUAAAUGAAUAUUUUACUUCUAAUUAAUAUUUUGAAGAGAGAAUGGAUUUUCUAUUGCUCAGCUAUUAAAGAUUUUUCUUGUAUCAAUGAAUAUUUUACAAUACAAUGUGAAAAAUCAUGGCUGUGUUGCAAGUUAUUGCUGUAAUUGCUUUCUAUCUUAACAUACCAUUAAUAGUGGUAAUAUAUUAUUCAUGUUGUGCUCAAUAUUGUAUAAUUCAGACUGACAUCCUCCCAAAGAUGAAAUAUAUGUAUAUUUUAACAGUUGUUACCUGUACGUAUACACAAUGUUUUACA